CCAACAACUCGUUCACCAGCUGCGCAGAUGCCAGUAGUCCAUCCGGGAAAGCGGCGGCGCAAGUAUGCACCAAAGGUUCGCAGUGGCUGCAAGACGUGCAAAAUCAGACGGAAGAAAUGUGACGAAGCACGACCCUGCUGCCUGAGAUGCAUCAGUGACCGUUAUCAUUGCGACGGUUAUGACACACCCAAAGCUUGGAUAUUCUUGCCAUGUUCUGGAGACGAUAGGACGAACCAGUCUUUUCAACGUCAAUCGUCUGAGCAUUCAUAUGUUGGGAUAGCCGACGAGAUCAAAGAUAAUCCCGUCGAGGAAGAUGGCCUCGGAACCCCUCCGAAUAAUGCAGAAUCACACGACCGCUAUCCGAGACACCAGUCGCCCACGCGUCCAUCUGUCAUGGAAGCCAAUUCCUUGAACGACGGUCAUGGCCAGGAGGAAGACCAUUCCGGAACCCCGACGAGCAACGCAGAGCUGCACGACGUGUCUGUUAUUGGGCUAAAGCUUUCUGAUCACUGGGCAUCUGGGCCUGACGCGUCGUACACUGGUUACUUUGUGCAUCAAGUCGUGCCGCUGCUUGCUACGACGCAAGAGUGGCGCCUUUUUUGGUCGAACCUGGUUCCGCAGGUCAGCUGGAGCAACCAAGCCAUCCACCAUGCUAUGAUUGCUCUGGCGGCCGCCUACGAGUCCAAAGUGUCUGGAAAUGAUCUCAAGGAGCUGGUCAUACGUAGGAGCAAUCAGGCCAUUCGCAACUUCAGAACGCAACACACCUCUGUCGACGUUGCAUUGAUACUAUGUCGCAUAUUUGCAUCCAUUGCACGAUGCAACCGUGACCCUCGUUCCGCCAUGAUGCACAUGCGAAGUGGUGGUCAAAUUAUCCGAGAAGCAGGUCGGCGGACUGGUUCUGAUAUCAUGAGGAUUACGGCGCCAGCAUUCCUGGGUGCCACGGCAUACGACGCCGCGCACGAAGCCGAUCGUGUCCUUGACCCAGGGCUGCUAGAAUUGAACUCUAUCAGACUUCAGUAUCAACAACUACUGGGGUCUCUCCAUCGUCGACGCCGGUGGCGCAUCCUACACCCUGCUUCUAGGUCUUUCAUCCUCAUUUCCUGCGCUAUCAUGACUCAAGCUAUUUGUGCAGCGAUGUAUCCGGACAUUCUGAACUUCAAGCUCAACGACACAGUACUCCCGGUCAGAGAUGUCCGGGCGGCAUUGAUAGCCCACCAGAAUCUGUGGUCUGCGGCCACUCUAAAAGGACUUUUCGUUCAAGCCAAUGAACAAAUCCAUACCUGCUUGGAGCAGGCGUCCUCAGUCACCGCACUACCAGACAGUCUCCAACACCUUGUCAAGACCUGUGUCGAUAACUUUGUGGUCCAGAUUGCCACAAUUGAACCACGGAUAACGGCAGGUACAUUCUGGCAAGAUCAUUAUGAAGUUCCAUGUGCAAUUGAUUCAUAUUUUGGGCAUGCUUCGAGUCACCCAACUCCGGCUGUUACCCGCGACUAUAAGUGUGAAGGAAGGGAAUUUUUCCUCGAAUUUGUAUGCCCCUAUCGGAGCGGGUUCCUUCUGCCAUUUUGUGAUUGAAGAUUUCAGUUUCUAAUCAGUGAGAUAAGAAUAGAACUGUUAGGCCAGGCGGCUCUGCUGGAGGACUUGACACACAUAGAGGUCGACCCUUGAACGCAGUCCGACUAGUGUUAAGGACGGUGGCCUAAGGAAUAGGUAGAGUAGGAGGAGGAUAGGACGAAGAGUCUUCUGUUUAAGGGUGCCUUAGAUACUCCGUACAGGAGCUCAAACUAUCAGGGCUUGCUUAUGGGACAAGCUUGUGCUCACCUACCUACUGUAUGUCUCUUAGCGACGCACUUUGAUUAGUGUAUAGGGUGUGUCGGCAUGAGACAAGGCUGAUCGCUAGGGGCGACCAAAGGCGGCAUCACCCUGUUUCCCGAUUGGUGGUUCAGGCGCGAGCAGU